GGUUUAUCCCUCUCUUCAGCUGAUCGGCCCAGAGGAUUCCCCGGUGGCUCCGUCCGUCUGAGGCUCUGAUGGCUCCGCUGUCCUAAUGUCGAUUUAAACUAUUUUCAUUUGACGGAGUCUGAGCCGGUCGUGUCGGCAGACCAGUUCAUCCGCCCUGUAACAUUAAUAAAGGAUAAUCUAACUUGGGUAUCAACACAUUGGUCCACACAGCCAGGGGAUCUAUAGGUAAAGACGAGGCCUUCGCUCCAUCCGCGGAUUCACCUGCUUCGAGGAGAGUUUCACGCCGAGGACAGACAUGGGGGACACGGGGAGCGAGGGCAGCAAGCCUCCGAGUAACGUUAACGUUAUACCGCCUCGCUGCCCCUGCGGAUUCUGGGGGUCAAGCAAGACUAUGAAUCUUUGCUCCAAAUGUUUUGCAGACAUUCAGAAGAAGCAGCCAGACAGUGAUUGUGCCCCAAAGGCCACGUCGAGCUCUGGCAGCAGCCAAGCAGACAUCUUCUGUAACAACGCAACUAGCAGCAUUAGUCAGUCACUGAUACCGACGCCUGACACAUCAGAAGACCCACCACCGGGAGACGUGGGAUCUACAUCUCUACCUGCUCAGGAUGAAUCCAGCACAGACACAGUCUUUGGGUCACUCUCCACUCCCACAAAACGCUCCUGUGACUCAGCCUCAGAGUCGGAAAGUGAUGUCUCACCGGAGAAACGAACACGGCUGGGUGUGGUGCCACACAUUCUUGAGUGCUCCUCCUCCUCUUCAUCAUCAUCAUCAUCAUCUUCUUUGUCUGCAACAUCAUCCUCAUCCUCGUCUCGUGGCGGCUCAAAACAGCGGAACCGCAAGCGCUGCCAUCGCUGCCAAACCAAACUGGAACUGGUGCAGCAGGAGCUGGGUUCCUGUCGCUGCGGUUAUAUCUUCUGUAUGCUCCAUCGGCUCCCUGAGCAACACGACUGUAUGUUUGACCACCUGGGCCGCGGCCGCCAGGAGGCUGUUCUAAAGAUGGUUAAACUUGACCGUAAGGUGGGCCGCUCGUGCCAACGCAUCGGGGAGGAGUGCUCCUGAAAAAAAUCUCAGUGAACAGAUGGUGUCUUAGCACUUACAGGGAUUUUUUUUGGCUCGCCCUUUUUUUUUUUUCAAUAUUUCUGCAGUUUUCCUGGUAACAGACACACGUUGUUUUCUUUAAACAUUUUUUCUUUGUCCCACUUCUUCCCAUGGUAAAUUUGACCCAUGUUUGGCUUGAGUUGUGUCCCGUUUGCUGAGAUGCCUUUUGGAAAUAACCCACACACAGGAACAAAAAAAAAAGAAGAAAAAAAAAGCAAUUUGAGCAACGUAAGAGACAUUGUUGACAAUUCGCAAGCUCCUCACUUCACAAAUGUCUUUUGUCGUGAGAAGGAAUGAAAGGACAAAGAGAUGCAACUUUUUGCCCUGGACACAGACUAUACUCUUUACCUCAAAAAAAAAAAAAAAAAAAGAUAACAGCAACAUAAGAUGAGGACGUGUGUCGGAUGAAUACUCCUUAUGUACACUUUUGCUUCGGCGCUGUUUAUAGACUAUUCUUUACCUCAAAGUCAGUCAGAGCUGCUUUCCACUCUGCACCAAGCAUGGACCUUGGGAAGCGAACCAUGUUCUCCAGCCUCAGUGAAGUCUGUGUCUUACCCCCUGGAUGUCCUCAGAACAGCUUCAUCCACCUCAGGAUAUCACAGCCCACUCCCCUUCUCUCCUUUUUCACCUGUUGCCCCCCCCCCCCCCACCCGCUCCGUUCCGUUGUUGAAGGUUUGCUGUGAACUUGUUUCUGCCAGCAUUGGACGAUGAAGCUGGAGUCGAUGGCUGUAGACUGACACGCAGAAUAUUUGAGUGCGAUCUUCCAGCUU